AUGUUCACUCAACAUUUGCAUCUUGCAUUAUUCGACAUUAAAAUCAAAUCGCAUAAUAAGAACUUGUAUUUAAUCAAAGGAAGUGAGUACGAUGUUGAAAAUUUGUUAUUUGAAGGUAGUGUUAAGUUGUCGUUGAAAGAAGACAUUCAUAUCAAGAAGAUUAAGUUGGGUCUAGUUGGAGAGUUCUACUAUGAAUACUCACUGAAGGAAACACAUGAUCAGUAUUUGGACCGUUUGUGUGUGUUGAAAGUUGAUUGGGACAACCUACUCACUGAUGAUGAAGGGAAGAUUAGAUUUGGAAAUUAUGGUGAUGGCACAAUACCUAUGUACAAGAUGAAGAAGGGAAGCACUAGCGAUAAGAGUUCAGUUCCUGGAUCUGGAAGUAAUUCUGGGACAUCUACUCCCAGACCACAAUAUGGAAGAACCAAGUCAUCGCCAAUGUUGAAUUCUGUCGGGAGCAAGGAUCCUUCCAAGAUUAUUCAAAUUCCUAAAUCUGGUAUCGACGGAACCCCCUUUAAGGAGCUCAAGAAUGUUCCUGGUCAUUCAUUCCUAUUACCCAAGGGAAACUAUAGCUUACCAUUCAAGGUAUAUCUACCUUCCAACAUUGGCGAGACCGUCGAAGGGUUACCGAUUGGAACUUUAUUGUACAAAAUGCAAUGCUCCAUUGAAAGAGGAAGGUUUGAAAAGUCACAUCAAACAAGCAAGCACAUCAGAAUAGUGCGCACGUUGCAUCCACGUAACAUGAACUUGCUCGACUCGAUUGAUGUGGACAACACCUGGGUUGGCAAACUCCAAUACCUUGUCAGCAUGCCAAAGAAGGCUGUGGCAAUAGGAUCUACUGUGCCAAUACACAUCACAAUAAUUCCAAUAGCCAAAGGUUUGAGCUUGAAGGCCAUGAAUGCAUGCAUCGUUGAACAUUACCACAUUCAAAUUGGUGAGCAAAGGUCACCUGAAUACGAAAGGUUGUGUGGAAAGCAAGAGCUCCCGAUACCCAAUAAUGCAGACUUGGAAUAUGACAGAUGGGUAAUAAAGACGCAUUACAAAGUCCCCGAUCAUUUAAGACAAAUCUGUCAAACCUGUGACGUUAAAAAUAGUAUGAUUGUUGUCAAACAUAGAUUGAGAGUGGCAAUCCAGUUGAAAAAUAUGGCAGGCCAUACCAGUGAGUUGAGAGCAAACUUGCCAGUUUGUGUGUACUUGAGUGCAAACAUUGGACACGUUGUUGGGAGACAUUAUGAUAUAGACAACCAUCAUGGAACGUUUGUCUUGGACUACAAAAAGGAGGACGUGUUGUUUCACAAAAGAGACUCGGCACCGGCUACUCCCGCGGUAUCUGAUGAUGAGUUUGAAAAUGAAUCAGAGGAGGAAACUGAUGAAGAUUUGGAUAGAGAGGAGAGUGCACCUCCACUUUACGAAAAGCACGUGUUUGAUAAGAAGUUUGACAUGAACUUGCCUCAGACACCACUCGAGCAGCUCAGGUCACAAAGUGGCACACCACUUGGAUCCGCCAAUAACUCGACUACAAAUCUAGAUUCCUACUUUGACAUGCCAAUACAAAAGGCCUUUGAGCUCAAUAAGAAGAAAAUGGCAAGAAAGAACAAAAGUGUUGAUUUUUCUCACAUUCCGUCGUAUUAUGAGGCAUUGGAUGACGACGAUGACGAUGAUAGUUAUGUUCAAGAUGGGUUCGCACCAAGCUAUUCCGAUGGCAGUGGAAGUGAAGAUGCAAGAUCAAGAUCAGGGUCGUCGACGCCUAAUCGGGUCAUGUUCAAUAACAGGCAUAACUUGAGUACAGGCCAUUUGAAGAUUCCUUUGGGCAGCAACUCAACUUCGCACUCAAGAUCCAGCUCUGGUAUAAAAUUGGAUAAAUUGGGGUCAGAAUUUGGGUCACCUAAAUUGACCAGUAAGUUGUUCAAAAGAAGAGAAAAGUGA